AUGGCUGCAGCUUACGCUUACCUUCGAGACGUUAAGCCUUACAAGACUUCUUGGAAGGUCCAAGUCAGGGUCCUUCAUUCAUGGAAGACCUACUCAACAAGGUUUGGUGAAACAUUCGAUAUGGUGCUCUCAGAUGUCCAAGUAAGUUUAAAUACUGGUGUCUCUCAUCAUUCACCUGUAAUUUUAUGGCCGAGAUGCAACUACAAUGUACCUUAUAUCUUCUGUUAUCAUGGAACGAAGAUUCACGCUUCGGUCAAGAAAGACUUGAUCAGUCGUUUUGAAAACAAGGUCGUCGCUGGGCAAUGGAAAACUGUCGAGAACUUUGGUUUGAGUAUCGCCACUGGUCAAUUCAAGCCUACUACCCAUCGUUAUAAGAUGUCGUUCAUCACUCAAACCAUUGCCAGUAGGAUGGAUUCUUUCUCUGAUGAUCCGUAUUUAACUCUCUCCCCAUUUGUUUCUAUCUUGUCCGGCAACCUAAAUGAAAACAAUCUGAUUGAUAUUGUUGGUCAAAUUGUUAAUGUUGGUGAGAUGGAAACCAUCGAUGUCAACAACAGACCCACUAAGAAGAUCAGUUUUGAGCUUCGGGAUGAGAGUGAUGAUAGACUACCAUGCACUUUGUGGGGUACAUUUGCUGAGCAAGUGAGUAGUGCUUGUGAAGUUGAUGCUCAAGCACGUGUUAUUUGUUUGGUGAGAUUUGCAAAAAUCAAGACUUAUAAUGAGAAGAGGAGUAUCUCCAAUGCUUUCAACGCAUCGGUAGUGGUUUUUAAUCCCGACUAUGCUGACAUCCUAGAGUGGCAGAAUAAGUGUAACAAGAAGGUUACACCUAUCAACGCAAUCACCAAUGGUUCUGUCUCAACGGCAAAGAAACCCCAGUUCUGGUGUGAUGGUUGCAACCAUCAUGUUACUAAUGUUCUUGCAAGGUGUACAAACUACAUGUCAACGUUGGAUAAUUCUGGUGAGUUGAAGUUGAUGCUCUUUGAUAGCAUUGCCACAGAGAUUGUAGGCUGUGCAGCAAACUCACUCAUUGAUGGGCCAUUUUAUGAGAUGGAAGAUCCUGACAACUUGCCAGAUGAUAUCAAGAAUUUGGUCGGAAAAACAUUCCAGUUUCUUGUGAGUAUUGAAAGUGAAAACCUGUGGAAUGAGUUGAAUAUCUACAAGGUUUCAAGGGUGCUGGUUAAUGAUGGUGUACCAGAUGAUGACAUUAAUGAUGAUUCAAAUGGUGGGGAUAAUCCUCCGGAUGAUAGCACCGGAUAUCAGGCUAGCCUGUGCUUGACCAGCAGUCAGGUAGUCUCUGACUUCACGACUCCAUCGUCAAAGCGUAGAAGUGCUGAUAAAGACUCCCCUAAUGACUAUUCCUCUACUACAAAGAAGCUUUGUCUGGACCACAUCAAAGUGGUUCAGAUUAAGCAGGAGAAGCUGACCAAGGCAGAGAUGGUGAAUGAGGCAAACAAGAAGAAGUCGUGA